AUGGGCCGCUAUUCAGGCAAGACGUGCCGGCUGCUCUUCAUGCUCGUGCUCACUGUAGCCUUCUUUGUGGCGGAGCUGGUCUCGGGCUACCUGGGUAACUCCAUCGCGCUGCUCUCCGACUCCUUCAACAUGCUCUCGGACCUGAUUUCACUGUGCGUGGGGCUGACCGCCGGCUACAUUGCCCGGCGCCCCACCAGGGGUUCCCAGGCCACCUAUGGCUACGGCCGCGCCGAGGUGGUGGGAGCGCUGAGCAACGCCGUCUUUCUCACUGCGCUCUGCUUUACCAUCUUCGUGGAGGCCAUACUACGCUUGGCACGACCAGAGCGCAUCGAUGACCCGGAGCUGGUGCUCAUCGUUGGCGCCCUGGGCCUGGCGGUCAACGUUGUGGGCUUGCUCAUCUUCCAGGACUGCGCUGCCUGGUUCACCUGCUGUGGCCGGGACCGCCGCCGCCGCCGCCAGAAGCAGCAGCAGCAGCUGGCAGAGGGCGGCGCUCGCAGCGCUUUCGGGGGACCCCAGGACUCGGAGAGCCGGCACCAGGCCGCCACUUCGACAGUCCCUGGUGCAGAUUCGGCCGUGACCCUCCGGGUGGCCCCAGCCGAAAGGAAGGAAGAAAAAGGGGCGACUGUGUUCUCAAACAUAGCAGGUGAUUCCUUAAACACCCAGAACGAACCUGAAGAAAUAAUGAAAAAGGAAAAAAAGUCUGAAGCUCUGAAUAUCAGAGGUGUACUUUUGCACGUGAUGGGAGAUGCUCUGGGGUCUGUGGUUGUGGUGAUCACAGCCAUCAUAUUCUAUGUGCUUCCCCUGAAACGCGAGGACCCCUGUAACUGGCAGUGCUACAUUGACCCCAGCCUCACUGUGGUCAUGGUCAUCAUCAUUUUGUCAUCUGCUUUUCCGCUCAUCAAGGAGACUGCAGCCAUCCUGCUACAGAUGGUUCCCAAAGGAAUUGAUGUGGAAGAGCUGAUGAGUAAGCUCUCUAGUGUGCCUGGAAUUAGCAGUGUACAUGAAAUGCACAUCUGGGAACUUAUAAGUGGAAAGAUCAUUGCCACCCUGCACAUCAAGUAUCAAAAGGACAGAGGAUAUCAGGACGCCAGUGUGAAAAUUCGAGAAAUCUUUCACAAUGUGGGUAUUCACAAUGUGACCAUCCAGUUUGAAAAUGUGGACUUGAAGGAGCCCCCAGAACAGAAGGACUUGGUCUUCCUCUGCAGCUCACCCUGCAUAUCCAAGGGCUGCAUGAAGCAGCUGUGCUGCCCCCCUGGGGCACUGCCUCUGGCCCAUGUCAAUGGCUGCGCUGAGCACAAUGGCUAUCCAGCUUUAGAGGCAUACGGAAGUGAUGGCUUCAGUAGAAGAGACAAAACGGAAGUUGCUAUUGAAGUGUCUUCAGACAGCCAUCUGAGUGGUCAUGGACAAGCUCAUAAAAGCACUCAGGAGGAUCAACGUUAUAUAAACAGCACACAUUUUUAA